AUGGUGGAUCUUGGUGGAAAGAUGGGGUUUUUGUGGAAUGAGGAUCUGGAUAAUGGGGAGGGUAGGAUCUGGUGUGCUGAGAUUGCGCUUGAAAGGCGCGAUGAAGAAGAUGAGAUUUGGGGGAAGGUUGAGUGGUUUGAUUCCCUUAAUGACUGUGUUGUCUUGAGAACAUCCUUGAACGGGUUAUUGCAGUACCCGACACUCUCGCUCGUCUCCAAGAGCUUUCGAUCUCUCCUCGCUUUGCCGCAUCUUUACGAGACUCGGUCAUCUUUAGGCCGCACAGAGAGUUGUCUCUACGUAUGCAUACGCUUCCCUGAUGAGACUAUCCCUCGCUGGUUCACCCUCUGCCAGAAACUUGAUCGAACACUAACCACCGUUGCCACCAUGAAGAAGGCAAGUGGGUAUGUUUUAGCCAAACUCUCAACUCCCCAUUCUCGUCAUGCGCACGGGUGCAGUCUCGUGACAGUUGGUUCGGAUAUCUACAACAUUGGCGGACCCAUAGACGAGGCCAACGAGCCCUCGUCUAGCGUCUCAAUCUUGGACUGUCGGUCCAACACGUGGACCGAAGGCCCAAGCAUGCUGGUGAAGCGGAACUACCCAUUCGCCAGUGUACUCGAUGGGAAGAUAUAUGCAGCUGGAAGCUCUGACUCUAGUUCCUCAGAAUGGAUGGAGGUUUUCGACACAAAAACACAAACUUGGGAGCUUGUGUCUAGCCCUGGUGAGGAGAUGCGCGCCAGACGACAUUUACAUAUAAAAAAAAUGGCAGGGAUCGACGGAAAGGUACACAUUUUGGGAUCCAGUAGUCGUUUGGCUUACGAUACGAGGGAAGGUCGAUGGGAAAGUGUGGGGACGGAGAUGAGUUCGGGUUGGGGAUGGUAUUCUUACUGUGUGGUUGAGAACGUGAUUUACUAUUAUAAAGAGCGGGGAGAGAUCAAAUGGUAUGACACUAAGGGAAGACGCUGGAGAGCUUUGAAGGGCGUGAAAGGACUUCAUAAGACCCCGCGUUAUACUGUUACAUUGGCGGAUUUUGGUGGUAAGAUGGCUGUUUUGUGGGAUAGGGGUGUGGCUUCCACUGGUGACAAGAUGAUUUGGUGCACAGUGAUUGCGCUUGAAAGGCACAACGAUGAAGAGAUUUGGGGCAAGGUCGAGUGGAGUGACACAGUGCUUAAAGUCCCCGAGUCAUGUACAAUUAAACAUGCUCUUGCUGCUACCCUUUGAUCACCGACUUGAAUCUUUAAAUGACUUGCAGAAAAUUCUCUUGUUAUAAAUAAAAAAAAAUCAAAUGACUUA